UUCUCGCCUUGGCUCUUGAAGAGGAGGUAGUACGCACACGUGUACGUGCACUGGAUCGACCAGUAUUGCGAGCAGCUCCUUUUUUGGCUUCUCCUUUUUACUAUAGCACUCUCGCUCUCAAUGGGCCUCGGCGUCGCGCCCGCGUUCAUGUACGAUGACCUCCUCCUCGUGUGGCUUACAACGUGCUCGUUCCUCAUUAUUGCAUUUCUCUGCGCCUGCGUUGCGAUCGCCGUGCUUGGCUGCACCGUGGGUGGCCUCCAAUGUGCGUACAAGCCGCUUCGCCAGUGCCUCAACUGGGAGGCGUUUGUCGGGCUCUUGGCGCUCUACUUUUUCGUCGUCGAAACGUACGAGCUCGCAGCCGACAUCUACCCUCCCGAUACCACAAAACAGACACGGGCUACGUUGUCGUAUCGGUAUUUCGUGACCGUGCCGGGCCAUUUUGUCAAGUCCGUGUAUGUGUUCUGCACUCAGGCCUCGACGGACCGGCUGGCUUGAGCUCGUUCAAGACAGAUCAAAAUCGAAAAGUUGACUCAAAGGCAAAGCGAAAAGUGAGGACAUUAGUGAGCUCGUCACGGGUCCAGAAGACGUCGCGAGAGCCACACGAUCAAGUACCUACUGGCUAAUCUACACUAUAAU